AUGCGGGAUGUUGCCGGCAGACAGUGGCCCAACUUGGCUGAGCGAGUGAAGGGCGAGCUUUGGGAUUUCUACAGACUACAGGCCGGGAUGGACGCGCAGGCGGAUGUGGUUGCCGAGUAUCGCUGCAAAAAGCUCGUUACCGACAUGUUCUACGAGCAGCGCCUCCAGUCAAUCAUCAACUACCACGCCGUCGUCCUUGGACAGAAGGUCACCAAGGCGCAAGCAAGAACUAUGACGUUGACUGAGGAGCAGUACUUGCAGAUGGUUCCUCAUUGGUGUGCCCACUUUCCUGAGUGCUGGCAGCAGAUAGUUGCUAAGUGGUUAUCCGACGACUGGAACGCUGUGCACCAGGAGCGUCGUGAGCACCGUCUGACUAUGGCCGGUGUGCCACACCACCAAGGCAACCGUAACCUGACCGAGUACGCCCAAGCAUGGUCGGCGGCACAUGGAGGGCAGCAGUGCAACAAAUUCAUGGCGUAUGCUCUAUCGCACAAGGGUAAAGCGACAUCCAGCGUCAGCUACAACGCGGAGGACGGGCCCGAGGCGUACAGCAACCCGAGCAUCUAUACUCGCCUCAAUGAGUACACAUCGAUGGCGAGGGAGGUGCACGGCCAAGAGUACGAUCCGACCCAGGAGGAUCUUGACGCUGAAAUUGUCAUGAAGGUCGGAGGAGGAAAGAAGCAUGGACGGUACUGGAUUUGCGACGGCGCGAUCGACUCCUCUUCUACUCCGACUCUAUCUCAGAUAAAAGCACGGCAAACGAGCUCGAGCGCAGGCAUCCGACCUCGUCCGGACAGUUCGACGAGCCAAGUCCAGGCACUCCAGGCUCAGCUGCAAGAAGAGAGGAGAGAACGUAUGGAGUUGGAGGCAAGGAUGAGGGCGGAGAUGGAGGCCGAGCGGGAGGCUGACCGACAGAGGAUGGCGAGCAUGUUCGCGUACAUUCAGAGUCUUGGCGCAGCGACGGGUCUACCUCCGCCACCUCCCUUCGUCACCCCACCUAGACCACCCACCGAUCCGUUUUCUACUUCAGUGAGUAUGCAAUGUUCAAUAUGUCGUUUAUUUUAUCGUUUCACUCAUACAUUUCAUCUAUAUGUUGCAGAAUUAGUCGGCGGCCUCCAAUGA